GCGGCGGCGCGCGGGGCAGAUGCGUCGGGCCGCGCGCGAAAGCGGAGUGUGAGGGUAGGGCGGCCGUGACGCAGGUGCGCGACAGUACGGCGGCAGUCGGCGGGGAGCGCCCAGGGGCCGAGAUGGCCGUGGCUGUGGGGAGGCCGUCGAAUGAAGAGCUUCGAAACUUGUCGCUUUCUGGCCAUGUUGGAUUUGACAGUCUGCCUGACCAGCUGGUCAACAAGUCUACAUCUCAAGGAUUCUGUUUCAACAUCCUGUGUGUUGGUGAGACAGGAAUUGGCAAAUCUACAUUAAUGGACACUUUAUUCAACACCAAAUUUGAAAGUGACCCAGCUACUCACAAUGAACCAGGUGUCCGGUUAAAAGCCAGAAGUUAUGAGCUUCAGGAAAGCAAUGUUCGACUGAAACUAACCAUUGUGGAUACUGUGGGGUUUGGAGACCAAAUAAAUAAAGAUGACAGCUAUAAGCCGAUAGUGGAAUACAUUGACGCCCAGUUUGAGGCCUACCUGCAAGAAGAAUUGAAGAUCAAACGUUCUCUCUUCAACUAUCAUGACACAAGGAUUCAUGCCUGCCUUUACUUCAUAGCUCCUACUGGGCAUUCACUGAAGUCCCUGGACCUGGUCACCAUGAAAAAGCUGGACAGUAAGGUGAACAUCAUUCCAAUAAUUGCAAAAGCAGACACAAUUGCCAAGAAUGAACUACAUAAAUUCAAGAGUAAGAUAAUGAGUGAACUCGUCAGCAAUGGGGUCCAAAUAUAUCAGUUUCCUACAGAUGAAGAAACAGUGGCAGAGAUUAAUGCGACAAUGAGUGUCCAUCUCCCUUUUGCAGUGGUUGGCAGCACUGAAGAGGUGAAGAUUGGCAACAAGAUGGCAAAAGCCAGGCAGUACCCCUGGGGUGUGGUACAAGUGGAGAAUGAAAGCCACUGUGACUUCGUGAAGCUGCGGGAGAUGCUGAUCCGUGUGAACAUGGAGGACCUGCGGGAGCAAACACAUGCCAGGCAUUAUGAGUUGUACCGGCGCUGUAAGCUCGAGGAGAUGGGAUUCAAGGACACAGACCCUGACAGCAAGCCCUUCAGUCUUCAGGAGACAUAUGAAGCUAAAAGGAAUGAAUUCCUGGGGGAACUGCAGAAGAAAGAAGAAGAAAUGAGACAAAUGUUUGUCAUGAGAGUGAAAGAGAAAGAGGCUGAACUUAAAGAGGCAGAGAAAGAGCUUCAUGAGAAGUUUGACCUCCUAAAGCGGACACAUCAAGAAGAAAAGAAGAAAGUGGAAGACAAGAAGAAGGAGCUUGAGGACGAGGUGAACAACUUCCAGAAGAAGAAAGCAGCAACUCAGCUACUACAAUCCCAGGCCCAGCAGUCUGGGGCCCAGCAAACCAAGAAAGACAAGGAUAAGAAAAAUCCUUGGCUCUGCACGGAAUAAAUGAUACCCUCAAAUCUAAUUGGAUAUGCUUUCACCUUUGCAUGUAAGUACAGUAGUAAGAAAUCUUUGGGAUCUGACUUUCUAAAAUCAAAUGGAAUGGAAAGAUUUUUUUUUUUUCCUUGAAGGGGUGUAGAGAGAGCAUAGUCUGUAGCUUUGAAAUAAAACCUAAAUAUGUCAAAAUGGCCAUAUUUAUAUAUUUUUCACAAUUUGUUUUCCACUACUUAAUCUCAUUGUGAAGUCAGAAAUGACUGAUCCCAGCCUGUGUUCUGCAGUAUUAGGGGCAUUACUGGCUAUCACAGAGGGUCUUGGAUUUUGACUUUAAUAAUAGUGAAGCUUCAGUGAGAAAGUGACCUUAUAUUGAAAAAUACCAAGAAGACCCUUAAUGCUAAGUUGCCCUUGUGGUCACUUACAUUUUGGAUGUUAGUUAAUGGACUCUCUCUAGUAUUUUGGUCACUUUUGGAGGGGAGCCAGAUGACUCUCACUGGCCUCUUAUUCAAGCAGUGACUAUCUUUUUGGUCCUUCUGAACUGUAGGUUAUGAUGGAGCAGCAUGUAUGAGAAUUUACUGGGGUUCAGAGGUUUAUUUUCCUAGUUUAGGGAUAAGAGUUUAGGCUCUGGCAGUUGGUCCAGGUUUUCUCCCAAAGGGCAUCACAACUGGGGAACUGUUUCAUGUAAUAAUGGGCACGGGCUUUUGAAAAUCCUUCUGCUCUGCUUUGUGCCUCACCAUCAAUAACACACUAUUUCUUGUGCACCUCACUGGAACAGACUUGGUUUCCUCACAUUCUUGACAUACUCUUACAUGUUUCAUAUACAAUGUUGAGUCAGUCGAGUCAGGCUUUUCAAUUUCCCUGAACCGUGUUCUGUGGUCUUUGUGUUUCCACCACAACUGUCCAUUCCAAUCCCUUGGCUUUGCCAUUUGCAGGUGCUGGAAUUAUAUCUCAGAUUCCAUAAGUCCUGGUUCUUUUGGGCAGGACACAUAUGUGAUGACUCCUUAUCAGGAUUAAGACCUACAGAAUCUAGUUUGUAUGUAGGUAUGAAGGGGAUUUUUUAAAAAUAAAUUGAAAAUUAAGCUGUGAACAGCAGUAGAAUUUUUGUCUUAUUUUAAAAUAUGCUGAUAUGCCUUAAACUGUAGUUGUAGAUCUUUGUUAUUUUGCUGUUUGGAAAUAACUGGUGUUUCCUACAACUGUUGUGUAUUCUUCACUUUCAGUGUUAAUACAGAAUUGUCAUAUAUGUA